AUGCGCUCCCGCCGCCGCGGGGGCGCCGGGCACCCGCCUUGGCCCGUGCCCAGGAUGCUGGCACUGUGCCUGCUGUCCCUGGCCUGGCUCAGCGAGGGCUCCCAGCGCAGCGAGCCCAUGUUCACAGCCGUCACCCACCGCCUCCUCCCACCUGACUACGACAGCAACCCCACGCAGCUCAACUAUGGUGUGGCCGUCACUGACCUGGAUGCCGAUGGUGACUUUGAGAUCGUGGUGGCGGGGUACAACGGCCCCAACCUGGUACUCAAGUAUGAUAAGGCACGGGGACGGCUGGUGAACGUGGCGGAGGAUGAGCGGGACUCCCCAUACUAUGCGCUGCGGGACCGGCAGGGCAACGCCAUCGGCGUGACAGCUUGUGACAUUGAUGGGGAUGGCCGUGAGGAGAUCUACUUCCUCAACACCAACAACGCCUUCUCUGGCAUGGCCACCUACACGGACAAGCUCUUCAAGCUCCGCAACGGGCGCUGGGAGGACCUCCUGAGCGACGAGGUGAACCGGGACGUAGCCAGCCGCUUCGCCGGGCGCUCUGUCGCCUGCGUGGACCGGACGGGCUCCGGCAGGUACUCCAUCUACAUCGCCAACUACGCCAGCGGCAACGUGGGCCCCCACGCCCUCAUCGAGAUGGAUGUGGCUGCCAGUGACCCUGCCCGCGGCAUCGUGGUGCUGGUGGACGUGGCUGCCCAGGCUGGUGUCAGCAAGUAUACAGGGGGUCGUGGGGUGGCCGUGGGCCCCAUCCUGAGCGACAGCGCCUCCGACAUAUUCUGCGGUAACGAGAACAGCCCCAAUUUCCUCUUCCACAACUGGGGGGACGGGACGUACCGGGACGUGGCGGCUGCUGUGGGACUGGAUGACCCCUACCAGCAUGGACGUGGCGUGGCGCUGGCUGACUUCAACCGCGAUGGCCGGGUGGACAUUGUCUACGGCAACUGGAAUGGGCCGCACCGCCUCUACCUGCAAAGCGGGGCCCCUGGGCGUGUCCGAUUCCGGGACAUUGCCACCCCCAAGUUCUCCAUGCCGUCCCCCGUCCGCACUGUCAUCGCAGCCGACUUCGACAAUGACCAGGAGCUGGAGGUUUUCUUCAACAACAUCGCCUACCGCGGCUCCUCUGCCAACCGCCUCUUCCGGCUCAUUCGCAGGGAGCACUCUGACCCCAUCGUGGAAGAGCUGAAUCCGGGGGAUGCACUGGAGCCCGAGGGACGGGGCACGGGGGGUGCAGUGACAGAUUUUGAUGGUGAUGGGAUGCUGGACCUCAUCCUGUCCCAUGGCGAGUCCAUGGCACAGCCGAUCUCCAUCUUCAAGGGCACCCAGGGCACCACCAACAACUGGCUGCGCGUCAUCCCCCGCACCCGCUUCGGGGCCUUUGCGCGGGGGGCCAAAGUGGUGCUGUUCACACGGCGCAGCGGGGCCCACCUGCGCAUCAUCGACGGCGGAUCAGGAUACCUCUGUGAGAUGGAGCCUGUGGCGCAUUUUGGACUGGGGCAUGACGAAGCCAGCAGCCUGGAGGUUACCUGGCCGGAUGGCCGCGUUGUGGCACGAGCUGUGGCCAGCAGUGAGACUAACUCUGUCCUGGAGGUCCCUUACCCCCUGGACCUGGAGGAGCCGCUCCUGCCUGCCCUGCUGGAGUGCGGGCAGGGAUUCUCCCAGCAUGAGAACGGACGCUGUGUAGACACAGAUGAGUGCAUCGAGUUCCCCUUCAUCUGCCCUCGGGACAAGCCCAUCUGCAUCAACACCUAUGGCGGGUACCGCUGCCGCAGCAACAAGCGCUGCAGCCGGGGCUUUGAGCCCAAUGAGGACGGCACGGCUUGCGUGGCUCAAGUGGCCUUUUUUGGGGGAUACCCCUCCGCCGGGAGCUGGUCCGGGCCCCCCCACAGUGCCCUUCUCCCUCUAGUCCUCGGACUCUGCCUUUGCCUCUAUGCACUUUAA